UCUGCGCGGAGCCCCGGAGCAGCCCCGGCGGGACCGCCGCAGCCGCCAGCGCGAGCAACAGCUCCCCGGCGGGGCACCCGCUGCCCCCGGCGCCAGCGGCCCGCGCUCCGAGGGCUCCCAUCUUCCCAGGAAGGCACGGAUUCCCUUGGUUCUUAGCUCCACCAAAUCUUCUGGAGUUUCUGUUACCUCUCCCUCCAUCAUGGCUCAGCACAGAGCUGGUGAAUGGGCUGGGACCUGGGUCCCCUUUUCAGGUAUGAAGUACUACUUAAGCCCUGACAACUACCCUGAAGAUGGAAUUAUGAAUAUGGCAACUUUUCUGCGGGGCUUUGAAGACAAGAGGAUAAAAAAUGACCGGCCUGAGGACCAGUUCAGUAAAGAGAAAAAGAAAAUCCUGUUCUCCUUCUGUGAGGUGUGCAACAUCCAGCUGAACUCUGCAGCCCAAGCCCAGGUCCAUUACAACGGCAAAUCCCACCGCAAGCGCGUCAAGCAGCUGAGCGAUGGGCAGCCGCAGCCCCCGGCUCAGGGUGCGGGGCCGCUGCUGGCCAGCCCCAGCGCCACCAGCACAGAUCUUCAGGGCUGGAGCCAAGCCUUGGGAGCACUGUGCCUCACGCCGGUCUCCUACUGGAAGUUUUGUUUAUCCAACUUGGUUGCUCUUGCAGCUGGUGGAAGCCCUGCCAGGAUGUGGAGUGGACUUCCUAGCAGAGGCAGUACAUGCCACACUACUACCCUUCCUGCUCUUGUGCGCACACCUACUCUGAUGAUGCAGCCUUCACUGGAUAUCAAACCAUUUAUGUCUUUUCCAGUGGACAGUAGUUCUGCUGUUGGACUCUUUCCAAAUUUUAACACAAUGGAUCCUGUGCAAAAAGCAGUUAUUAACCACACGUUUGGAGUGUCCAUUCCCCCAAAGAAGAAACAAGUUAUUUCUUGUAAUGUCUGUCAGCUUCGCUUUAAUUCGGAUAGCCAGGCCGAGGCCCACUACAAAGGAAGUAAACAUGCCAAGAAGGUCAAAGCACUAGAGGCAACGAAAACUAAACCCAAAAUGGUUUCUUCCAAGGACAGCGCAAAGGCUAACCCCAGCUGCUCCAUCACUCCACUCACAGGCAACAGCUCUGACAAAUCAGAAGACCGAGGGAAGCUAAAAGUCAGCAGUUCCAGCCAGCCGUCAAACUCUGAAGGUGGCUCCUUUCUCCUCAAAUCUGGCACAACACCCCUGCCACCCCUGCCACCGGGAGCAGACGCUUCUCCCUCCAAGAGCACAAAUGGAGCCCCUGGUACUGUCUCUGAAUCAGAAGAAGAAAAAGCCAAAAAAUUGCUUUAUUGUUCACUAUGCAAAGUGGCUGUGAACUCCCUGUCACAGCUGGAGGCACACAACACAGGAUCUAAACACAAGACCAUGGUUGAAGCUCGUAAUGGGGCUGGUCCAAUUAAGUCCUAUCCUAGACCUGGAUCAAGAUUAAAGAUGCAGAAUGGUAGUAAGGGGUCAGGACUACAGAACAAGACAUUUCAUUGUGAAAUCUGUGAUGUUCAUGUUAAUUCAGAAAUUCAACUCAAACAGCACAUUUCUAGCCGAAGGCAUAAGGAUCGAGUUGCAGGGAAACCACUGAAGCCGAAAUACAGCCCCUACAACAAACUCCAGCGGAGCCCAAGCCUCUUAGCAGCAAAACUUGCAUUCCAGAAAGAUAUGAUGAAGCCUUUGGCCCCAGCCUUCCUGUCCUCGCCCCUGGCGGCGGCAGCCGCGGUGUCCUCCGCGCUGUCCCUGCCGCCCCGGCCUUCCGCCUCGCUCUUCCAGGCGCCAGCCAUCCCUCCCGCCCUCCUGAGGCCGGGCCACGGGCCCAUCCGCGCCACGCCUGCCUCCAUCCUCUUUGCUCCCUACUAAGCCUGCACGCCCCCGUCGGUUGAGGCCAGGAAGUAGGAACGCUGAGAAGAAAAGCCAAAAGGAUUCAGCAAUUCAAGCAUUUUGUGUUGCAGUGCCCUCACCCAGCCACGAGAUGUGAGCCCGACUCCAAAGAAUAACCCCUCCCUAGAUUCAGGCGUGCUUGUAGGGCCCGCUCCUGUCAUUUAGGAAU